AUGGAGACGGUGGCCUCAGUUCUGUUGCCGAACGGUCCAGCAUUUCAAAUACCUGGAAUUGUUCAACUACGUGGAUUAUCUCCAAAUGGGCUCUUCAACAUUAGUUCUGGCCCAAUCCGAGUAUUUGAUGUAAAAACUAUCGAGAUAAGUGAUUUCGUGUUGAGAACCGAUGCCAGCUGUUUGGUUCAUGAUUGGGAAGGAUAUAUUGCCGAACACGAACGGUCACAUCGUCCCACUAUUGAUCCGGAAUUAAAAAUGUUCGAUUGCGAAUCACUGCGAGACUACCAUAAUGAAACGGUACAUCUACGGCUUCCUGGAAAUCUUGAUAUAAAGGACGUAUUUUGGUUUUCUGUAUUUUCUAUGGUGGAUGCUGUCUCAUACUCUCAUAUCUAUAUGCCGUUCAAUGAUAUGCAACUUCCACCAAAUCUGAACGCCGUACCGACGCCUUCAUGCAAAUAUACGCCGUAA